GCGCGGUGCAUGGAUUCCAAUUGUAAUAAUAAGUUACGGUACAGUUACGGGCUUACUGACAAAAACCGGACUGGGUGCAUAAGUUCAAAGUACACGCAGGCGACUUAUGAUUAUUAUGCACGAGGCUCACUCCGGUCGCACGGAAACCGUCCGCGUUAGAAAAGCGACGACUUUAUAAGAAGUUCGCGUGCGCUUCGGGGAUCAGAUCGACGGGACGUCCCUUCCCCGUGGCAACCUACGUCUGCGCCUACGACUCAUGUGAAUUUCCUCUCGGCGGAGAUACAUGACCGGAGCCUCGCUGGGGAGACGCCUGCCGCUCGCAAAGAGUUGUUUUUAUUUUUUUCCUCGCGACGCCAGCGCGCGGCUCCAACUCACAGCGACGCCAGCCGAAAAGUGACCUUUCACUCGCGCUCGUCCGACGUCGAAGGUUCAUUAAACUCUCCAUGAUGAAUGAGCCGGAUCGCCUGGAUAGCGUCGCGGACGCGUACGCCUGCCCGAGCGCCGUGGAGCUGAGCAAGGCAGUGUCAGUGUCCUUGGGGUUGGAUCCCGUCUGCUCCCCGCACAACAUGUACCCGUGCUCCGCCAGCGCGUUCGUGGACGGCGAUCACGCCGCGGGGGACGGUUCCCGCGGACGGCCGGAGUUUAAAGCGUCGGGAAAUAUGAUUUUAGGAGGCGGCCGGGUGUCGCCGAGCGGCGCCGGCUUCGGAAGGGACGACUUUGCAGAAGUGUGCCCCGGCGCACAGCAGGUGAGCUGCAUGGACCUGCUCAGGUCGAGCGACGCGGACAGCGCGCAGGCGGCGGCGCGCGCCCCGGUGAUCGCCCCGGUGAUCGCCCCGGUGAUCGCCCCGGUGAUCGCCCGGCACGUCUACCGCGACGCCAACUUGUUCGCCGGCGCGGCGUCGGAGCGGCGCGCUUCCUCCCAGGUCGACCAGUUCACACCUCUGAAACCGCACGCUGCAAACGCGGCGCCGUACAGAGAUCCGCCGGGUUUCUGGUGCGCGGAGGAGCGCGCGUACGACGCGGGCGAGAGAGGCGGCCCGGCGGGACGCGGUUUGCCGUGUCAGUACUGCAACUGCGGGCAAAGCUCCGUGGGACCCCGGGGAGAGUGUUACUGCGGCUGGUACGGAACGGGCGAGCACGGCGGCAAAGACAGCACGCGAGCAGCGAUGGCGCACGGCUGUGGCCAGCUGGACCGGUACCAAUGCGCAGUUCCCCAAGAUGAGGCCACUUUUUCCGCCGUCAAGACCGAGCCGUCGCUGUGGGUGAACUGCACGGACCGCAGAUUCAGGCACGAGGAUUUGUUUCCCGGCGUCUACUUGUCGGACAGGCGAGUGUGUCAGGUGUGCGGCGAUGACGCCUCCGGCUGUCACUACGGAGCGGUCACCUGUGGCAGCUGCAAAGUGUUCUUCAAAAGGGCUGCUGCGGGUAAGCAGAACCACCUGUGCGCCAGCCGGAACGACUGCACCAUCGACAAGCUGAGGAGGAAGAACUGCGCCUCGUGUCGCUUGAAGAGGUGCUUCAUGCUGGGAAUGAGCCUCAAAGGUCGCAGGCUGAAGGGAGCCGGGCAGACGAGGCACGCGGAGGACGAGCGGGCCGCGGCCGCGUGGGGGUCCGGGGAGACGGUGGCCGGUGCGUUCCGGAAGGACGCCGCGGAGCACAGAGCAGCGCCGGCGCCCCUCGGCCUCAGCAUCCCCCCCACCCUGCGCUCCUGCCUGUCGCUGCUCAGCGUGCUGCAGAGCAUCGAGCCGGCCGUGGUCAACGCCGGCCACGACCCGGCCCAGCCCGACUGCCCCGCGUCCUUGCUCACCAGCCUCAACGAGCUGGGCGAGCGGCAGCUGGUGACCGUGGUGCGCUGGGCCAAGGCCAUCCCAGGCUUCCGCGAUCUGCACGUGGACGACCAGAUGUCGGUGAUCCAGCUGUCCUGGAUGGGCGUGAUGGUGUUCGCUCUGGGCUGGAGGUCCUACACGCUCACCAACAGCUCCAUGCUCUACUUCGCCCCGGACCUGGUCUUCAACGACCAACGGAUGCAAGUGUCCAGCAUGUACGAGCACUGUAUGCGGAUGAAGCUGCUGUCCCAGCGGUUCUGCAUGCUGAAGGUCACCCAGGAGGAGUUCCUCUGCAUGAAGGCCCUGGUCCUCUUCAGCAUCAUGCCGAUGGAGGGCCUCAAGAGCCAGCGUUGCUUUGAUGAGCUGCGGACGUCCUACAUCAAGGAGCUGGACCGCUUGGUCAGCCACCGUGGAGAGACCACCCGCACGCAGAGACUGUUCCAGCUCACGGAGCUGCUGGACUACCUCCAGUCGGUUGUGAGGAAGCUGCACCAGUUCACCUACGACCUGUUCAUCCAAGCCAAGGCGCUGCACACGCACGUGAACUUCCCGGAGAUGAUCUCGGAGAUCGUGAGCGUGCACGUGCCCAAGAUCCUCUCCGGCAUGGUCAAGCCCAUCCUUUUCCACAACACGGCCUAGAGAGACGGGUCCCGGGGGGGGGCGGUCCCACGCGUCACCUGAGCUCCCGCAUCCAGUCGACCAGAGUUUUACCAUCAUAUGAGGCGGAGGAGGUUUGAAGCCCCUCGUUUCCUACAGUGAGAGAGAGGCUAUGAGCUAGUAAAUGAAGGGAAUACAGCACAUUCUUCCAGUCUGAGGUAAUCAAAAUACACGCGUGCUGUUCUUUUUACUGCCUGUACCUUGUGUCAUGCAAACCAAGCGUGUCUGGAGCUAAUUGAAACUUUUUAGCAUGCAUUCCUCGGCGCCGCCCGGCGUCACUCGGGCGCCCGGUGACGGCGGAGAAGCGCCGCGCUUCGCCGCAGCUCGUCGAACGUCGCCGUGCUCAGCGGGACGACAGGAGGCCGGCGGUGGCGUGCAUGCUAAGAAACCAAGCCAUAUCGGAGAGUCGUCCACAUCCAUAGAAGGAGAAUUGUAAUUGCGUUGCUUCAAAUGUAUUUUUGUGAAUAUUUUGAAUGUCAAACGUAAAAUUGAGAUCAUAAUAAUGACAAUUUGGAAACACAGAAAAAUACUCUAAUGACUCUUUGGUCAACACACUAUGGAUGACUUUUUUUUUUUUUUAAGUUUGCUUGUUUUUGGGUGUCAGAUAUAAUUCAAGUGCAUUUUUUCAGGGUUAAGAUUUCAUACUGUUUCUACAGUUUCUAUAAGUGUUUGUUGCAGGUGCUUUGUUGUGCAUUAUCACGUAUCCAUUUGUAGCUUCAGGCAGUUUUGCUCAAUGUUCAAGGUCAAGCUGACGAUCUGCUCAUUUGUUCCAGGACUAAUAGCUAAAUAUGUAAUAAAACUGCAGCUGUGGGUUAAUUACCAGGA